GUCACCACACCUCUGCAUUAGUUAUCUGAGCUCUCUGAGUGGAAAGUCUAAGGCUCUGGGAAGGAACUCAUUCUCCUUGUGAAUGUGACACACUCUGUCUCCAGUUCCCAUAUGCUGAAAUUAUUCUUCCUCAUCAGUUUGACGUGCUUGGUGAGAUCAGACACAGAUGAAACAUGUCCUUCAUUCACCAAACUGAGUUUUCACAGUGCAGUGGUUGGUACAGGACUCAGUGUGAAGCUGAUGCUCUACACAAGGAGAAACCCAACCUGUGCACAAGCCAUCAAUUCCACAGCUUUGGGGAACUUGAACAUGACCCAGAAAACCACCUUCAUUGUCCAUGGAUUCAGGCCAACAGGUUCUCCUCCAAUUUGGAUGGAGGACUUAGUGGCUGGUUUGCUCUCCGUAGAAGACAUGAAUGUGGUCGUUGUUGACUGGAAUCGAGGAGCUACAACUGUAAUGUACAACCAUGCCUCCAGUAAGACCAGAAAAGUAGCAGUAGUCUUGAAGGAAUUUAUCGACCAAAUGCUGGCAGGAGGAGCUUCUCUUGAUGACAUUUACAUGAUUGGAGUAAGUCUAGGGGCCCACAUAGCUGGGUUUGUUGGAAAGAUGUAUGACGGCCAGCUGGGGAGAAUUACAGGUCUGGACCCUGCGGGCCCUUUAUUCAACGGGAGGCCUCCAGAGGACAGAUUAGAUCCUGGUGAUGCCCAGUUCGUUGACGUCAUCCAUUCUGACAUUGAUGCACUGGGCUACAAGGAACCAUUAGGAAACAUAGAUUUCUAUCCAAAUGGAGGACUGGAUCAACCUGGUUGCCCCAAAACAAUAUUUGGAGGAAUGCAGUAUUUCAAGUGUGACCAUCAGAGGUCCGUGUACCUGUACCUUUCUUCCCUGAGAGAGAAAUGCACCAUCACUGCAUAUCCUUGUGACUCCUACCGGGAUUAUAGGAAUGGCAAGUGUGUCCACUGUGGCACACCACAGAUGGAGUCCUGCCCCCUCCUGGGUUAUUAUGCUGAUAAUUGGAAAGACUGUUUAAGGAAGAAGGAUCCUCCUAUGACUAAAGCGUUUUUUGACACAGCUGGGGAGAAACCGUUCUGCAUAUAUCAUUACUUUGUGGACAUUAUAACUUGGAACAAGAACGUAAGAAGGGGAUCCAUUACAAUCAAAUUGAGAGACAAAGCUGGAAACACCACAGAAUCCAAAAUCAAUCAUGAACCUGCAACAUUUCAGAAAUACCACCAAGUGAGUCUGCUUGCAAGAUUCAGUCAGGAUCUGGAUAAAGUGUCAGCCAUUUCCUUGGUAUUCUCUACAGGAUCCGUAAUAGGCCCAAAGUACAAGCUCAGGAUUCUCCGAAUGAAGUUAAGGUCACUUGCCCAUCCAGAGAGGCCCCAGCUGUGUCGGUAUGAUCUUGUUCUGAUGGAAAAUGUUGAAACGGUCUUCCAGCCUAUUCUUUGCCCAAAGUUGCACAUGUAACUGUUGUGAGGACUCCUGGGUGCCAGUAACAUCAAGAAUGCUGCAACUACAGGCUUUUUAAAGCUUUACCUCGCCUUUUCCUCAAGGCACAAAAAGGAUGGAAUACCAGGGUUUUUUUUUUUUUUUUUUCCCCCAGUAAUGUCUUAUGGAUGUCACAUUGUAAAAAUGUCAAACGACCUUGGAUUAUGAAACAGUCCUGGGAAGGGAGCCCCUAAGUAGGGCAAGUCAGAAAUAGCCAGGCUCCCGACGGCCCAGCGCCUUGUUAGUCUGUGUCCUGGGGCCCCAUUUGUUCCGACCUGUCGAUUCUGCUGCCUGUCACUGAGGUAGUUCUGCCCAUCGCAGCGGCCAGCCAUGCAUCUUAAAGGGAAGGACUGGCUGGCGACCUCACUUUGGACUUGACCCCACAUUCCCUGUGCCAGAUCCCUCCAGGCCCUGCAUGGAGACAGGAAUGGAAACUGACCUACCUUACAGGGCUCUUGUGUGGGGGGGUUUGGGAGGCAAGUCUGUGAAGGGUUCUUUGAAAUCCCCUGGGUGCCACAUCUGUGAGUGGCUUGAUACAUGUGAAUAUGCUUUUAUUUAUUUUGAUACAGCUUUUCUAAUAUGCAAUAAGAGUUUCUCCUUAUCAACA